AUGGCGCUGCCCCCAAAGUGGUACCAGUUUCUGGUCUGUGUUUUCGCUUCACUAGGUUCCGUGCUCUACGGUUACGAUCUGGGUGUCAUUGCCGAGGCAAUUGCCAGUCCCUCGCUGGUCAAUGCUUUCAAUGUCGAUGCUACCAAAAGUGGAGCUGUCACGUCCGUGUUCACGGGAGGCGCCUUUUUCGGCGCUACUUUUGCGGGUCCACUGGGUGAUUAUGCGGGUCUAAAGAGAACUAUUCUCGUGGGGGCGGUUAUUUUCCUGCUGGGAGGUGGCCUUCAAACUGGUGCAACAAGCCUUAGUUACCUGUAUGCCGGGCGGUCGAUUGCUGGCUUGGGUGUCGGAAUCUUGGUUAUGAUCGUCCCGUUAUAUCAAGCAGAGCUGGCCCAUCCUGAUAUUCGCGGUCGUAUUACUUCGCUACAGCAGCUGAUACUGGGAGUUGGAUCUUUAGUGGCUGCUUGGAUUUCCUGGGGCGCCUUUAUCAAUUUCGCCGACGACGAUUCCCGCCAAUGGCGCAUCUCUCUCGGUAUCCAGAUGGGACUGCAGACCUUGGCUCGACUGCACUCGGGCGGCGAUAUCAAUGAUCCCUGGGUGCAAACCGAAUUCGACCAGAUUCAGACUUCUAUUGCAAACGAGCACGAGGCGGAGGCCAAGUCGUAUACUGAGCUUUUCACUGACCCGUCGUGCUUCCGUCGCCUUUUCCUGGCGUGUUCGAUCCAAGCCGCUUGCCAAAUGACGGGUGUCAGUGCUAUUCAGUACUUUAGUACUACGAUUUUCAAGCAAAUUGGUAUUGCCACCAACGAUACUCUCAAGUAUCAGGGCAUCAGCUCUAUUCUCGCUAUUAUUGCUCAGUUCUGCUGUCUGUUGUUCAUUGACAAGACUGGUCGUCGCUGGCCGCAGAUCAUUGGCAAUCUGGUUAACUGUGUCUUCUUUUUCCCUCCUGGAACCACCCACAACAACGCCGCUAGCUGGGGGUUCAUCGUGAUGACCUGGUGCUAUAACUUCUCCUUCAGCGCAACCAUUGGUCCACUUACCUGGAUUAUCUGCUCCGAAAUCUUCGAUACAAAGACACGUUCCAAGGGUGUUCCUAUCGCUACAAUGACCUCGUUUGCAUUCAACACGCUGAUCGGCCAGGUGACCAACGUCGCCAUUGAACGGAUUGGUGGCUGGCGUUACUACAUUGUCUUCUGUGUCUGUAAUUUCACAAACGCGAUUUUCUUCUGGCUCAUAUUGCCCGAGACUGCCAAGCUUCCGCUGGAGGACAUGAACGCAUUGUUCAAGACUGAGCCAUGGCUCGUACCUGGAACUCAGUCUCGGAAGUUUAAUGAGCGAAAGAAGUUGGGUAACAGUCUGCAGAUUGCGGCGAGGACUAAGCAGGAGAAUAUUGGGUUUGUGCAUGAGGAGGAUGUUAGAGGUGUUUAG